AUGCAGCAAGCGACAAAAUGCGGUGAUCUUGAUGAUCUUGAUGAAUGGGAUGAGGAAUCUUUGCCUGAAGACGAACGUACCGAUGAUCUUUAUGAUCGUGAUGAAUGGGAUGAAGAAUGGUCCGAAGACGAUGACGACGAGGCAAGGCAGUCUUUGCGUAUGUUAAAGCGUCUCAAAGGGCAUGAAAAGUCAUCGACCGACUAUACAAAGUCGCUGAUAACGCCACUGAAAGGCAACCGUUUCCUUGAUGGAGUACCCGACUGCAUGAACAGGAGUGCCAAGGUUGGUAAAAAGAGAGGUUCCCCUAUCGCAUCCGAGAAGGAAUGUCAUGAAAGAUCGAAGGGGUCAGCAAAGAAGCAGAAGCUUAUUAUGGCAGACUACUCGUCACGACAUUCCGAUACAGCAUCUUCGAGCAUGACUGGAUCUGUGAACGAUGCCGCCCCUUCGAUAGAUCGUAUCAUUAUGUCUGCGGAACAUGCUCGUAGAGAUGCAUGGAAUCAAAGGGAAGCUGAGUCCGUGGCAAGGGAAGCAAAGUCGAAGGCAAGGGAAGCUGAGUCCGUGGCCAGACUUGCAGAAGUCGAUGCGCGGACAACUCGCUUGAUAGUAUCUCAGAUCCUGCGAAUUACACGGGAACUGCGUGACCAUACCUUGCCAAGUGACGUGCGGUAUAUUUUAGAAAGUGAACUGAAACAGCAAAAGCUCAAGUGGCAUGCACGCCAAGCGGACACAUCGAACAAACGACAGGAAACCACGAUCACCGAACAGGAGGACGGCGAAGAUUUAGCAAACCUUGACAAUGAUCCAUGGUUUGUGCAAGUCCACCCCAUUUACGAGUACGCCGUUCAGCACAUGGACGAGUACGAGGACCACAAGCUCAUGAACGCAGCCAAGGAGGACCUUAAGUUCGGAGACAAGGAGGAGAAGAAGGAGAAGAAGAGGAGGGAGAAGGCCAAGGAGAACCUCAAGGACCUCAUCGAGUGGUACAAGAAGCUCCUCGGUGACAAGGUGGAGAAGCUCGUCAUCUCCAACCGCCUCACCACCUCCCCCAUGGCCGUUGUCACUGGAACCUACGGCUACACCGCUAACAUGGAGCGCUUGAUGAAGGCCCAGGCCCUCAACGAUCCCUCCAGCGACACGGCAGGUGAGGCGGGGGACGAUGACAGCGGCGACUCCUGCUUCGCCCUAUCGAAUUCCCCGUCACUCCCCCAGUAG